UGCUAUAUAUCCUAUCAAAAAGACACAACAUGCACCAUAUAUUCCACCAACUUGUAGUCAACUUUGUCCAAUCACAGUAACAUCAAACCAACCAUGUCCUCUUCCUCGACCAAUAAUACUGACCCUCACAUAGCAGUCUUAGCCUUUCCGUUCGGCACUCACGCCGCCCCACUCCUCACCAUCAUCCACCGUUUAGCCACUGCUUCUCCAAAAACCCACUUCUCAUUCUUCAGCACCUCAACAUCCAACGCCAAAAUCUUUCCCACCUCCAAACAUGGUGGUGAACUGCUUAACGUUAAGGCCUAUGAUGUGUGGAAUGGUGUGCCUGAGGGCUAUGUGCAAGUGGGAAAGCCACAGGAAGAUAUUGAGCUUUUUGUAAAGGCGGCGCCGGAGAGCUUUCGGAAGGGGAUAAAGGCGGCGGUGGCAGAGUUGGGGAGGGAGGUGAGUUGCUUGGUCAGUGAUGCUUUCUUCUGGUUUGCGGCGGAGAUGGCGGAGGAGAUGGGUGUGCCUUGGGUGCCAUUUUGGACUGCAGGGCCUCACUCACUAUCAGCUCACGUUCACACUGAACUCAUCAGAGAGACAAUUGGAGUUGGAGGAAUUGAAGGCCGUGAAAACCAAACUCUCAAAUUCAUCCCAGGAAUGUCCCAAAUACGAGUCCGUGACUUGCCUGAAGGAGUAGUUUUUGGGAAUCUCGAGUCAGUCUUCUCGCGCAUGCUGCACCAGAUGGGCCAAAUGCUACCACUAGCAACCGCAGUUUUCAUAAACUCCUUCGAAGAAUUGGACCUCACCACAACAAAUCAUUUCAAGUCCAAGUUCAACAAAUUUCUUAAUAUCGGUCCUUUCAACCUAGUAUCACCACAAGUUUCACAACCAACUUCAGAUACAAGUGGUUGCCUCUCUUGGCUUGAGAAACGUAGGACAGCAUCAGUGGCAUACGUUAGCUUUGGCUCAGUGGCAACUCCACCUCCAAACGAGCUUUUUGCACUAGCUGAGGCCUUAGAAGCUAGUGGGGUACCAUUCAUUUGGUCACUUAGGGACAAUUCAAAGGUCCAUUUGCCGAAUGGUUUCCUAGAAAAAACAAAAGUAAAUGGAUUGAUUGUACCUUGGGCUCCCCAAUUGGACAUCCUAGCACACAGUGCAGUUGGAGUGUUUAUAACACAUUGUGGUUGGAACUCAUUGCUAGAGAGUAUUUCAGGAGGUGUGCCUAUGAUUUGUAGGCCAUUCUUUGGUGAUCAAAGGCUAAAUGGACAAUUGAUAGAGGCCGUGUUGGAAGUGGGCCUGAAAGUUGAGGGUGGGAUCCUCACAAAGAAUGGAGUGAUAAGUAGCUUGGAUGUCAUUUUAUAUAAAGAAAAAGGGAAGAAAAUGAGGGAGAAGAUGAAAGCCCUUAAAGAAUUUGCCAAAGAAGCAGUCGGACCUGAAGGGAGCUCAGCUCGAAAUUUUGAGUCGUUGCUGCAGAUAGUAUCGAAGCCAAAAACAAAUGCAGCAAAGGAAUGAAAUUUACACUAUUCAAAACAAAUGUGUUUUGUUCUCCAAAAACAAAUUGAUGCCUUAUGAUGCUGUUGUCCAAUAACAGGCGUUUUGUAUGGAAAAUAACGUACCUUCAAGUUUAACUAUACUCUACUGAGCAAUUUAUAUCUACCAAGUUGGGUUAUGUGUC